UUGUUAAGACCCAACUUACGGCACGACCAAAACAGUCAUGCGAAAACCUGUUCCGUAGCCGCCCGACCAGAGUUGCCCACCGGCGAUGGAUGCACCUGUGGGCACAGGUAGUAACUGCCCAUCCCGUCCCCAAUCCACAUCUAGUCUGGGGCCUUCCAGCGUUGCACAUCGACCUACUUGUGAGACCCAUGGGUGGCGUUGGAAAUGUAACGAGCACAUACCCCUUAGCGACGCCAAAGCGCAACAGCUUAGAAGACGCCACAAGGACAUAGCGGUGGUGACUCGGUCGCGUGGCUCGGGUGGCGGUGAUAUUGGCAGCAGCGAGGGUGGAGACGAAUCCGGCGGGGGGCGGCACUGGCGAGCGCCCCCGCUCGGCGCCCCCACUCGCACCCCCUGCUUCCGCUUCUGGAUAGACUACCAGGCCUUCAGCGGUCGCGGCUCGGCGGUGCUCAUCGAGCGGGCGCUGCGGGCUGCUGGCGGGCUGCGGGCUGGGGGGCCGCCCAAGCGGGAGGAGGGGCAGGGGGCCGGCAGGGAUGAG